AUGCCGGGUGAUAAUUGUACCUUUAAUCAAUGCGGGACAAACCGUAGGACAAAAGGAUUCGGACUGUUUAAGCUUCCAACGGCGAAGGACGAUGCGAGCAAGAAAUGGUGGCAAGAUUUUUUGAACAUCCUUACUAAAUAUGGAGUUAAAGACAAUGAUUUUAAAAGCCAGUUUGCUGCUGAUUCGCUACACGUUUGUGAGAAACACUUCCUCCCUGAAGAGAUCAACACUUAUCACGGCCAAAAGCUGAGCAAGAAGCAGCUUGUCCAUGGAGCAUUGCCUACCCGAAAUUUACCAACCAAGCCAUCCGACCCUUUAUUACGAAGCCAGAAAAAAAGGAACGAAAGCAUCAAUCCAUUGUGCAAGAACGUUUACCAGACUCCACAACAAUUUGUUAUAGGACUUUGUUAA